AUGGCUCACAACAACAGACAGCGGUCGUCGGUCGCCGCCAGCGUCCCGCCACAAGCUCCGCCACCAAGCACGAGGAACAACGAAUACUUUCUACCAAGGGACGGUAUCGAUCGCGAAGUCAUUACGGCCGACAUAUGUCGCUACCUCGGCAAUGACGCUCUUGUGCGCCCAGGCCAUCUCGAGAGGGACGGCCGCGUCGUUCAGGGCUACUACAUUACCGCUUAUAGGAAUCUCACUAGCGCGAUGAUUGAGUCUCUUAAGGAGGACUCUCAAAAGUGGGUGGAGGAGAAGCGUAGGGCUCAAGGAGCUCAAGGAGCCCAGAUGCGAUACAUGGAUUCAUCACUUCGCAACCCAAAUGCUGUAUCACAACACAUGACAGGUGUCGCGCGUGACUAUCCAGAUUCACAGGCCGCUUACAGCGAAUCGUAUGGUGCCGGAGGACAAGGCGGCUUCGGGCAGUAUCCGUCCAGGGACCAGGGCUAUGCUGCGCCGCCUCCCGGAUCUUUCCCACCACGGGAACCGGUCUAUGCUGACCGUCAGGACCCUUAUGGAGCUCAGGCCAGAGCAACCCCCCAACAAUAUGUCUCCGCAGGUUAUGGACAACAGGCCGAUGGACCAUACCAUGCCACCGGCAUGAACAGGCAAUACGCAGCACCCCCAGCUCCCCAACAGGCUUACGGUGACCCAAUGCAGAUUACACCUUCAUACCCCCCAACAUCACAAGGAGGUGCAUACUCCCCUCAGGCUCAUCAGCAGCCAUACUAUGCCGGAUCCGCGCCGCCACCAGGAGGACCCAGAUAUGAUCCACAGGGAGGUGCAGCUACAUCGGCACAGCCGAUAGACGUCUUUUAUGGCCGUGUGGAAGCGCACCCCCAAGCCGCCGGGAACAACAUCCUAGGGACCAUGCCCGGGACCAUACUCGUGAUCGGGAACGUGACCGUCAUUACAGCACCACCAAUGGUCGACGAUAAGUCUGCGUAA